CUUCCGAUUCUACAUCUGCUUUUAACUUGAUAAGUUGUAGGAGAACGUUACUCAACAUAUCGGAGACAGCGGUAUACGAAGAUAUGUUGUAUUACCAGAGAGGGGAUGUUCAUUUGAGUUGGUCCCAACCAGAUUGUAGUAAAUGUGAAGAAGUAGGCAGCAAAUGCAAGCUGAAGAAUGAUAAUAGGACACAGGAUGACACAGAGCGUUAUGGUACCACCAAGAAUCAAAGAGUUAUGCGGAAAAUGCUAUUGGUUGCGGGCAUAAUCCUAGGUUUCGGUCUAUUUAUUAUAAUUCUCGUUGGACUUUACCGUGUGCACUACUCAUAUAGAUCAAAGAAAGAGGGCCAACUCAAGAUUGAAAAUUUUUUGGAGGAUUACAAAGCACUCAAGCCCUCAAGAUAUUCUUAUGCUGAUGUCAAGAGAACAACAUAUCAGUUCAAGGACAAACUAGGAGAAGGUGCUUAUGGAACUGCUUUCAAAGGAAGGCUUUCCAAUGAUGUUUUGGUUGCUGUUAAGAUGGAAAUAAAAGAGCUCUUGCUUACGAGUACAUGCCAAAUGAAUCAUAUCUUUGCAACCAGAGACCAAAGUUGUUCCCUCAGUUGGGAGAAUCUUCAAGAUAUUGCAAUAGGAAUAGCAAAAGGAAUUGAGUACUUGCACCAAGGUUGUGAUAAACAAAUCCUUCAUUUUGACAUCAAGCCUCACAAUAUCUUGCUAGACCAUCACUUCAAUCCUAAGAUCUCCGACUUUGGUCUAGCAAAGCUGUGUUCCAAAGAACAAAGGGCUGUUUCUAUGACAGCAGCCAGAGGAACAAUGGGAUAUAUUGCGCCUGAGGUACUGUCUAGGAACUUUGGAAAAGUGUCAUAUAAAUCAGAUGUUUAUAGUUUUGGAAUGCUAUUGUUGGAAAUGGUAGGGGGGAGGAAGAAUAUUGACACCACAGUGGGGAGUACAAGCCAAGUUUAUUUCCCAGAAUGGGUGUAUAAUUGCUUGGAGAGAGGAGAAGUGCUCGGGAUUAGAAUAGAAAAUGAGGGGCAUGCCAAGAUGGCAAGAAAACUUACAAUUGUUGGACUUUGGUGCAUCCAGUGGUACCCAACGGACCGACCAUCAAUGAAAUCAGUGGUUCAUAUGUUGGAAGGAGAAGCAGACAGUUUGACAAUGCCACCAAAUCCAUUUGGCCAUGUAGAUGGAGCGCAGACAAGUGCCAACAUCCCUAGGAGACCAAUUAACAGAGAAUUAGAAGUAAUCUCUGAAUUAGAAUGAUGGAAAUUCUUUCUACUCUACACUUUUUUUUUUAAUGUUUUCUAAAUAAUUGUAUUACAGAAUGAAAUUUAUAAUAAUUG